UAAAUAAUACGCGAGAAGAGACCGGCCCAACGAUGCUAAAAACCCUAGUCGACAUUGUCAUACAAAAACCUGCUCUUUCCCUCCUCAUGUACGCUAACGCUUCGAGUUGAUUGUUUGUUAGCUAAUCUGUUGCUACUAAUAUCAGGGUUAUGGAUGUUUAUCUUUUGAUUUCUCUGUAUCUUGAUUUAGGAAGCUGAAAAGAUUGUAUAUCAUCUUCUCCUCUUUUCAUUGACUGCUUAUAUGUUUUGGCUGAAGCGCAUAUCGAAGGCUUCGUGGGUGACUGAAACCCCGUGGAGCUCAUAUUUUGCGCAAUAUAAAAUACAUUUCAUCAAAACUUAAUGUUCACUUGAGCAGUAUGAUGUCCCAAGUCGAUUUGUUGUGGAAUGAACAUUUAAGAAGUUUUACCUUCCUCGCUCUGUUUAGCGAUAAAAAAGGCGCUGAAAUGAAGCACAUAUCAAGGGCUUGAUUUGCGAUUGAAACACAUCUGAGCUCAUGUAUUGUGCAAUAUCAAAAUAUAUAUCAUCCAUAUUUGAUGUGUUCUUGAUGAGUACUUUGAAUUUUUCAAGAAGGUUCCUUAUGGAGUAACAUUUGAUUUAGAACCUGUUUAUUUGAACUGAAUGAAAUCUUCAAGUGGUUACAUAACAUGAGUUUAUUGGGGGAUAACAGCAUUUUGGGAGUCUUUUCACCUAUUUCUUCUAUUGUAGCGAUUUUUAUCGUUGCUCAACGGCAUGGGUGUUGGACCACUGAAGAAAGUUGCUGCUGUGAAAAGAUGGUGAUUUCAUUGGUUUGGAUUUGCCAGUGGAGUUCUUCCCUAGAUGAUAUUGAAAUAACGAAAUCAAAAUUUGAAAUGGAUGGGCAAGAAAUCAGACACCACAAAGUGAGCAAGUUUUACCAAAGUAAAAAAAUGCCUUCAAUAUGUUUUACGUACAUUUCAGUAAUGACGAGUUAACCACCGUCUCAUUAUGUACAAAGACAUGAUUGUUGGAUAUGUGAGUUCAGUAUGAGGUUCAAGAAAAAAAUAAUGUGAGUUGUUUUAUUCUUCAUCUGUGAUAAGGUGUAACUAAUUAUGGUCUGAGACUAUUAGUGAUAGUAACUACCUGGUUCUCUGGAGGGUAGUUUCUCCCAAUCCCGGUUCAAGCCUCAAGGUUUUUGGUGAUGAGCAGAGACUCAAGGGAAGAAGAAAGUGAUUAUUGAGGCAUUAAAUGUAGUGCUUUAUAAAAUGACAUACUCCGUAUAUGAAUAUAGAUCAGUAGUUCGGCACAACGAUAUUUCGAAUGGAAAA